AGCUAUGUCCCUCUUCCCGUCGUCAGAGAGAGACCAGCUGGGGCCAAGCGAGAGGACGAUGAGGAAAAACUACACUAACUAGAAACCAUCGAGAUGGAUUCAAACACGUUUCUGUGUGCUAAGAGGAUGUUUAUCCAGUGAUGGGUGUCUGACUGAAUUGUCCAACAACAAACCAGAGUCUCGGAGAGAAGACUCAUCGUCUGGUGAUGCCAUCGAUGGAGGUGAUCUCUUACCACACAGCUUUUGACGCUGAAUUUGGCACUAACGUUAUAAUAUCCACUUCAAAUAAUUUAUUCCAGUGAGAUAUUCAUAAUAUAUUUAAGAUAUGAUUUGGGUGUUGUUAACAAACGUUUCUAUAAGCGUCUCUUUGUAGUUUACAUUUCAGCUAGCUAUAAAACAUAGCUAAGUUAGCUUGGUUGUUGUUCUGGACAUGUCUGAGCUAAUAUUUAGUAAUUCACUUCAUUAUCGACAGUUUAUCAGACGUGAAGUGCUCGACUACUGAAAACAGAAAAUAACAUCGACGUCCUUGCUUUGUUGUGAUUUAUUGUGGGACUGUCACCUUGCUUACAUUAGCCAUCGUUGGCUAACUAUUAGGUAACUAUUAGCUAGCUAACCUCUGACUACAUUAACGUUAUUUAUGCCUGGCUAUAACAACCAUCUGGCAUUUAGUAGCUACACAGCUAGUCACUUCUUUGCCCUGUUACUGGCUUCGUGUUGUUCACAAGAUGCAUCAACAGGACUUUUCAAUAGAUUCCUCUGGGUCUAGGAAGAUGUCUUUCCACAAUAGAAGAGGCAGUAACACCACCGGUAGUGGCGGUGCAUCUGGGUCUGCUGCAGGUAGCAGUAAUGUAAUUCCCACUGAUGAUUAUCAGUCAACUAGCCAGGCUGGGUCCUCCUCCCCUGAGCCGCACCACCACCCCCUGAGCCUUAACCUCCCCCAGUCCGGGUCUCAGGUGAAAAAAAAGAGUGGCUUCCAGAUAACUAGCGUGACCCCGGCCCAGGUCUCUGUUAGCACCAACAACAGCAUAGCGGACGACACAGAGAGUUAUGAUGACAUGGAUGAAUCCCACACAGAGGACCUGUCCUCUUCUGAAAUGCAGGAAGUGUCCGUACCUCGGGACACCGGCGUCCCUGAGAGGAGCUCCUCGGACGAGACCCUGAACAGCCCCCAUGGGGUGGAGACCCCAGGCGCAGUGUCCCCUAACGAACCCCUGAAUCCUCACUCCCUACCCCAGGACCCUCUGUGCGAACCCCUGCAGCCUCAGGGCCCUCCACACCCUGGUAACAUGGUGAAUGGGACUGUGCAUCAUCUGCAAGAGAAUGUGGUGCCAGCAGCCUUUACUGUCUCAGUGGCAGGGGGGAGUUCCUCUGAAAUGGCUGGGCCCAACCAGACCCAGAUGGGGCAUGGUAUGGUGGAGAAUACCACUGCCCAGUUCUCUGUUACCAUCACUGCUGCGCCAGGCAUGGAUGUGUCAUCCAUAGUCAGUGAUAGUGGUGCCCCUCCCUCUGCGGGCCCAAUAAUCUUUGACAGUAGUGGAGGCCGGCAAGUGACAUCCAGUGGAGUAGGGGCUCUCCCUGGAGUCACAGGGCCCACCAAUAGCACUCAGAUUGGGAUGUCAGUAGCAGUGGCACAGCCUGUGACCUCCAGCACCCAGACACAACAGACUCAGACCCAAGCCACUCCGGGGUCUCGCUUCAGAGUGGUGAAGCUGGACUCUAACUCAGAGCCGUUCCGCAAGGGAAGAUGGAUGUGUACAGAGUACUAUGAGAAGGAGGUUCUACCUGCUGCGCCCACUUCUGACCCAGCCCCUGCACCCAGCGCUGGCGGCCCAGAGAGCCAAGCAGGGAAUGGAACUGUGGUGGCCAGUGUUGUCCAAUACGGAGGCAUAGAGAUGGGAGCAGUGGCACCCCAGACCUCGCAGCCAUACCAGCACCAGGACUACACCAGUCCUGAGACUGUCCAGAAUUCUCUGCAAGCCCACAUGGUCCCUCAGGACCCUAACCCUCUCCUGUUGCAGCAGACCAGCAUGGUCCCCCAUGGUACUCUACCAGCAGCCCCCAGGUGA